AUGAAGACAUAUAUCAGGGAAAGGAGAUUGGGAGAGGGGACGUACGCCGUGAUAUACCUAGGAUACAGGGCCCUUCCUCAGGAUAAACCUCUUGUAAGUUCGGGCACGAGAAUAGAAGAUGUUCCUGUGGCAAUAAAGAAGAUAAAGCCGACCAAAUACACACAAGGGCAUGAGAUAAGUGCCAUAAGGGAAAUCAAAUCUCUGAAGAGGAUAGAUAGUAAGUAUGUUGUCAGGCUGAUAGAUACCUUUGUAUAUGACAAGUGUGUCCAUAUAGUGCUGGAGUAUGUCGAGACUAAUCUUGAGAAUGUGAUACGGAAUUCAGAUAAAAUCAUCAUGCCUGGAGACAUCAAGGCAUGGAUAUUGAUGGUGCUAAGGGGAGUUUAUGAGUGCCACAGGCUAUUUAUAAUCCACCGGGACAUCAAGCCAAACAAUAUACUUAUUACGUCUGAAGGUAUGGUUAAGCUGGCUGACUUUGGACUUACCAGGGGGAUAGGAAACCGGAUGACACCGCAGGCCGUAACUAGAUGGUAUAGAGCGCCAGAGCUUCUCAUGGGGUCUCGAGACUAUGGAAGUCCCGUUGAUAUGUGGUCUGUCGGAUGUGUGUUUGCAGAACUGUUUUUAAGAGUUCCCCUGUUUGCAGGAGAUACAGACAUCCAGCAGCUGGAUAUGAUCUUUAGGGCCCUUGGAACGCCUGUGGAAAGGGAGUGGCCGGGAGUUUCCACUUUACCCGAGUUUCUUGAUUUUCAACAAUAUCCUAAGGCAUCUUUGAAUGGCCUAUUUUCUGCAGCAUCUUCUGAUGCAUUGGACCUGCUGGAAAAGCUCCUUACUUUGAAUCCGUGCAAUAGAAUCAGCUGCGAUGAUGCUAUAAAGCAUCCCUAUUUCAAGUCGUCACCUCCGCCCACACCCAUAGGAAAACUUCCUGUGUGA